AAUUCGGAUGCAAUAAUGUAUACAAUAUUUGAUCAUCUUCGAUCGAUAUGUUUACCUAAUCGACAGGUGAAUUAGGUAAAACCUAACACCAGGAAGCAACAUAUCGAUCUUUCAGGUGCCACAGAAAUUCAACAUCUUCCUAGUGUUAGGUUUCUGAGUGGCAAAGACGUUGAAUUUCAACAUGAUCGGUAUUGUCAACUAACUGAGUGGCAAAGACGUUGAAUUUCAUUUCUUCACGACAAAAAUCAACUAAAAAAAACCCUUCCCAAAUCCUUCUUUCAGGUGCCACCUCACCCCAAACCAGGACAAACUGCCGUCUCAUCCACGCGCGCCAUUUGGCGCGUCAAGAACUCGAUUAAAAACAUGCGGUGCGAGAAUUUCAAAGUUUCCUCUUUCGCAUUCCCUCCGUCUUCUUCCGCCGAGACAUGACGUCGUCAUCAUCUUAUUCUUUCACUCUCCUCCGCCAUCUCUCUCCUCUCCAACUCUCUCGCUCCCGCCACUGCUCCUCCUCGCUUGGUACACCCGUUCGCCGCCGAUCCCUUUCGGCCUUUUCGUUUCGGAGUUCCGGUAUCCGAUACGAUCUUCAGUUGCAGUUGAUAGGGCGGAGAAAUGGGCGCCGCUUUUGCUACAGUUCUGUCGAUUUCGGGUCUUUUGAUUCGGAAUCAGCUGAUAUAACACCACUUGAUAAUUGGGGGGCCGGACGUGAAGGGUCUACAGGGUACAUGAUUUAUUCCAGCGGCGAAGAUAGUGACGGAGAGUUUGUAGUAACCCCCGUUGCUGAUAUCGAUUUGCCUGCCAUCACCGUAUCAGCUGAUGAUGCUAGGGCUGUCACUGCUCACCGGCUUGCAAUGCUUGGACGUCAGCGUAAGAAGCACAGGAUCAGACAUGGAGUAUUACUCAACAUGGGAUUGAUACUGUUCCUAGUAGUGUUACUUUUAUAUGUGGAUUCAUGUGCGUGGAGGAUUGUUAGACUACCCUUGGCACCGUUUCACUUGACCUGCCCCUUUUUCGUUUCAGCCAUUUUAGCCUCUUGUGCGGGAUAUGUGUGUGUUCCUCUACUCUAUGUCUUGAAGAUUCGUCAAAUUAUCAGAAAAGAAGGGCCUGCAAGGCACUCCUUGAAGAAAAGAACUCCCACAAUGGGUGGACUAUUUUUUAUACCAAUUGGUGUAAUUGUUGCGAAAUUUAUUGCCGGUUUUUCUUCUGUUGAAGUUUCUGGAGCCGCUGCAGCAACUCUUGCAUUUGCUGCAAUUGGGCUACUUGAUGAUAUCUUAAGCCUCGUCAAGAAACAUAACACAGGUUUAUCUGCAUGGACAAAAAUAAUUUUGGAGGUAGCUGUUGGAACCUGGUUUUCGUAUUGGUUGCAUACUGCAAGUCUAUCAUCACCCUAUGGCAUGAAACUGUUGGUUCCUCUACCUGGACUGGGACUCAUGUUCCUGGGAAAAUGUUAUCUACUGUUGGCUUCAUUCUGUUUCGUAUCUAUGGGAAAUGGGGUUAACUUAACAGAUGGUCUUGAUGGUUUGGCUGGAGGGUCUGCUGCAUUGGCUUUUGUAGGAAUGUCGAUUGCAGUUCUUCCAAUAUGUUCUGACCUUGCUAUAUUUGGAGCAUCAAUGGCAGGAGCUUGUGUUGGUUUUCUUUUGCACAACCGAUACAAGGCAUCUGUAUUCAUGGGUGAUUCCGGAUCCCUGGCACUUGGGGGAGGGUUAGCUGCAAUGGCUUGUUGCACAGGGAUGUUUUUCCCCUUAUUUAUUUCAUCUGGAAUCUUUGUCAUCGAAGCCUCGUCAGUUAUUUUGCAGGUACUAUACUUCAAGACAACCAAUCGUUUACAUGGAGCUGGGCGCCGUCUCUUCCGAAUGGCACCCUUUCAUCACCACCUUGAACUAUGUGGAUUAAAAGAACCGGUCAUUGUUGCUGUUGCAUACGCUGUAUCAUCCAUACUCGCGUUGUGUGCAGGCUAUCUUGGCCUUAUUUCUGCAUAGCAUUUCGACGUUGGUACCAUUCUUUGUAGCUACUAGCUAGGAUUGACUUUUUAGUGUAAAAAUGUGAUUUUUCGUUAACGUGAACGGUACCAGAAGUUUUUCGUUAAAGUUCCCUUACUAGAAUUAAUUUUUGUAUGUUUUUUAGUCUUUAUUCUGUAAUUGUUGGUUGCUGAGAAAAUAGAGUAAAUGUACAAUUCAAACUUGUGUGCCAAAAUUUGCUAACGAAAGUGAAAGUAUAGGAUGGGUCAUGCUUUAACGAUAUAGCCCACUUAA